GUUAAAAAAAGGUUGCGACGAAAACCCAGAAAUGGUUUCACAUCUUCUCUGCAUUUGGCUUCUUCUAUUUCUUGGAUUUUCUUAUGCUAGUGCGAAUGCAGAGCUGAGAGCUUUAAUGGAGAUAAAGGCGUCACUGGACCCAGAAAACAGGCUUCUUUCUUCCUGGACCAGUGGUGGUGAUCCGUGCAGUGGGUCCUUUUUGGGGGUGGUUUGCAAUGAGCACCACAAGGUGGGUAACAUUUCGCUGCCGGCCAUGGAGCUCACCGGAAAACUGUCGCCCGCGCUGGCGGAGCUCAAGUGCAUGUCUGGUCUCUACUUGCAUUACAACAAGUUGAAUGGGGAGAUUCCAAGAGAGCUUGGGAAUCUCACUGAGUUGACUCAAUUGUAUCUGGAUUUCAACAAUCUUUCUGGGGCUAUACCUCCUGAGAUUGGAAGAAUGGCCAGUCUUCAAGUGAUGCAGCUGAAUCACAACCAGUUGACAGGAAGCAUACCUAAAGAGAUUGGAGAAUUGGCCAAGUUAGAAUAUCUUGCUUUGGAACAUAAUAUUCUGACAGGUGAGAUUCCAGGAAGCUUGGGGGACCUGCAAAUGUUAAGAAAACUUUAUUUAGGCUUCAAUAAGCUCGGGGGUCUAAUUCCUGGUAGAUUGCAUUUUGCUAAUAAAUUGGAGGUUCUUGAUGUCCAAAACAACACCCUUUCUGGUCCUGCUCCUUCUGGCUUAAUAAGGAGGCUGAAUGGAGGAUUCAAUGGAUCAAAUACCAGCCUUUGUGGUGUCAGAAUUCCAUCGUUAAGAAAUUGCACACCCUGGGAUUAUACAAAGGUUCCGGCUGAACCCUUCGUAGUACCUCCAGCUAGUAUUCCCCAGACAGCAAGCAUGCUUCCAGGUUGCAAUCAAACUCAUUGCCCAAGUUCAUCCAAGUUUCGGAAAUUUGGUAUUAUCAUUGGGGUGGUUUCGGGUAGUGUCUCACUGGUGGUUGCAGGGGUUUUUAUCGCAUUCGUUUAUUGGAGGCGGAAACAAAAGGUUGGGAACACUUGCGAUGUUUCUGAGGCUAGUAGGGUUAGCACUGAUCAGGCAAAAGACUUGUAUAGACGAAGUCCAUCGCCCCUCAUUACUCUCGAGUAUUCGGAGCGAUGGGACCCAAUGACCCCAGAGAAGACUUUUAGUAGCUUCUGUAAUGAGUUUCUACAAGAGCUAACGUUUAACUUGGAAGAAGUUGACUCCGCAACACAACAUUUCUCGGAGGCAAAUUUGUUAGGGAAAAGCAACUUCUCUGCUGUCUACAGAGGAAUUCUGAAGGAUGGAUCUGCAGUAGCCAUCAAGAGCAUAAAUGUGACAGCUUGCAAGUCAGAUGAGGACGAGUUUAUGAAAGGGCUAAACUUAAUAGCCUCGCUGAAACACGAUAACCUUGCCAAGCUGAGGGGUUUCUGCUGUUCAAAGGGGAGGGGUGAAUGCAUUUUAAUUUAUGAUUUUGCUUCCAAAGGUAAUUUGUCACAGUACCUCGAUGUUGAAGAAGGUAGUAGCCAUGUUCUGAACUGGCCCACAAGAGUUUCUAUCAUCAAAGGCAUUGCCAAAGGUAUGGAGUACUUACACAGUUCUGAUGCAAACAAGCCCUCCAUUGUUCACCGCAACAUAUCUGUGGAAAAAAUCCUACUUAGCCAACAGUUCAACCCAGUAAUCUUGGAUUCUGGCCUUGUAAAGCUCUUUGCUGAGGAUGUUGUGUACUCGGCCCUCAAGGUCAGCGCCGCCCUCGGAUACAUGGCCCCCGAGUACAUUACCACCGGCCGCUUCACAGAAAAGAGCGACGUCUAUGCAUUUGGAGUGAUCAUCCUUCAAGUACUGUCCGGGAAGUGUAUGCUCACAACCUCAACACGAGUCGCGGCUGAAUCUUGUAACUUGUUAGGUUUCAUUGACCCGAACCUCGAAGGAAGGUUUGAUGAAAGCGAAGCGACGAAGCUUGCAAAGGUUGCUAUGGCCUGCAUGAACGAGGUCCCAGAGAACAGGCCAACCAUGGCCGCUGUCGUCGAAGAAUUUAAGGAGGAACCUUGCGAUGAACAGAGUUUUGUGUUCAGAAUUGCCCAGGAUGAGAAAUGCAUAAAUGGUGGUUCCAUGAAGAUGUUUGAUUGAUUCUUUAAGCUGCAGCCUCUCAGUACUAACACUGUUCUUCUCAUGAGCUGAAACCUGCCUUGCAUGUAACACAUACACGAGUGUAGAUGUUAUGUAAAUGAAGACAAUAAUUAUUAAUUACUACUUACCGCCAUUGCUUUUGGCUUUUAA